ACCGUUGCCAAACAAUGGGCAGGAAAAAAGCCACGUUGACGAAGUCGCCAGUAGUGUGCGUUAUUUUUCAGUCAGGAAACAGAAGCGUUGUUAUUUUCAAGAAGACGAAACAACUCUUUGGAAGAAGCUCGUGACAGUAGCCAAUAACAGUCAUGUCAUCGCCGCCAAAAGAGAAAAGCGAGACCAAAGCUGGACAUCUUCCUGCUGUGAAAGCAGGAGGCAUGCGGAUAGUUCAGAAGCACCAGACUGCAAAUGAUGUGCCAGACAAGAAAGAUGACAAAGACAGUAAAGAAUACGAGACUGAGAGCCCACCAAAGCUUCACGUUGUGGUCUCAGGUGUUCUCACUAAGGGGGAUAAAGACUUCACCCCUGCUGCUGCCCAGGUGGCCCAUCAGAAACCAGUGCCCUCGGUGCAGAAGCUGCCUGCUGGCCACCACAUCAACCAACACAUCCACCAGCCCCGCAAGUGAGCCUCCACCCCGCUCUAGACCACCGCCGGCACACCGCAUGGGGUCAGGACAACACUACCCCCCAAAACCUGCUCAGGUUGCCAGGGAUCUCUUGCUGUCAAGCAUUCCAGAACCCCACCCCCUCCCGUCUGUGCCUGCAAGUGUCCCGUUUUGACCAAUUUCAUGACAAACGUUCCUUUUCCCCUUUUCUUUCCUGUACAUCAUUGCAACACUAAAUUUGAGUGCUCCAUCGCAAAUCACUAAUCAGCAUCAUGUUAAUUCUAUGGUUUAAUUUCAUGAGGGAUUCGUGGAGCUGUAUUUUAUUUUAUUUUAAUUUUGUUUUACACAAAUUUCCUGAGAGAUGUAAAUUGUAUAAAUAAUUUUUUUGAAGUCGGUGAAUGUUGUAUAUUAGGCAUUAUGUACUAGGUGUGGCUAUCUGAAUAAAGAGUUAAUACAUUA